CCCGGACAGCCUCUUUUCUCUACCCCCCGCCAACCAACUUCCUCACGCCGUGCCGUCGUGAAAGUCUUGGGCAGCAGACCGCCAUCAUGUCAGUCAAUCCGGGGACGCUCCGAGGCGCUCCGGGCCGCGGUCAGGGGCGCGGCACCAUUCCCUUCGCCAGCAGCCCGGCAGGUCAGUCGGCAAUCCCACGACCCGUCCACGACGGGCCGUCGGCGGCCAGCGAAGCCGGCGGUUCUACGGUCAGCGCCAGCCGCCAGAAGCAGUCCAAGAGAGAUGAGGCUAUCCGCCGCAAGAUGGAGAACGACCUCUCCAAGAAGAAGCACCUGACGACCCGCGCCCGGCAAUCCCGCAAGGCUCCCCCGGGAACGGUCCUCGCCCUCAGGCCGAGCCAGGCUCUGCAGAUCAAGCCCCAAACCACCGUCGCCGAAGCGGCCCAGCUCAUGGCUGCGAAGCGCGAAGACUGCGUGCUGGUCACCGAUGAGGACGACCGCAUUGCCGGCAUCUUCACCGCCAAGGACCUCGCCUUCCGCGUGGUUGGCGCCGGCCUCAAGCCCACCAACGUCACCAUCGCCGAGAUCAUGACCAAGAACCCGCUGUGUGCCAGGACGGACACCAGCGCCACCGACGCCCUCGACCUCAUGGUCCGGAAAGGCUUCCGCCACCUGCCCGUCAUGGACGAGAAUCAGGAUAUCUCAGGUGUGCUCGACAUCACCAAGUGCUUCUACGACGCCAUGGAGAAGCUGGAGCGUGCUUAUGCCUCCUCGAGGCGCCUCUACGACGCCCUCGAAGGCGUGCAGUCGGAGCUCGGAACCAGCCAGCCGCAGCAGAUCAUCCAGUACGUCGAGGCUCUGCGGUCCAAGAUGUCAGGGCCGACCCUGGAGUCCGUCCUCAACGGCCUGCCGCCGACCACGGUGACCGUCCGGACGUCAGUCAAGGAGGCGGCUCAGUUGAUGAAGGAGAACCAUACCACCGCCGUUCUGGUGACUGACCAGGGGGCAAUUACCGGCAUCUUCACGAGCAAGGAUGUCGUCCUGCGCGUGAUUGCUCCCGGUCUCGAUCCCGCGACCUGCAGCGUGGUCCGCGUUAUGACCCCGCAUCCUGAUUUCGCGCCCAUGGAUAUGAGCAUCCAAGCCGCCUUGCGCAAGAUGCAUGAUGGCCACUACCUCAACCUCCCCGUGAUGAACGACAGCGGCGAGAUUGUGGGCAUGGUCGACGUCCUGAAGCUCACCUACGCCACUCUCGAGCAGAUCAACACCAUGAACACGACCGACAACGAAGGGCCCGCGUGGAACAAAUUCUGGCUGUCCCUCGAUCACGAGACCGAGUCGAUGGUCUCGGGCGACGGCUCGCACCACCACACGAACACGAACGCUCGGUCUCUGAUGUCUCCGGACAUGACGCGCAGCGAGCGCCACGUCACCGAUAGCGUCGCGCCGGGCGACUCCGCGAGCCACGCCGGACUCGAAUCACCGCGCCACAGCGCCGUGGGGGCCGGCACGCCCGAGCUCCCGCCGAGCGAGGUUCCCUUCCCCUUCAAGUUCAAGGCGCCCAGCGGCCGCGUGCAUCGCCUGCAGGUGAUCGCCGCCCACGGCAUGGCCGAGUUCGUCGCCAACGUGACCGCCAAGCUCGGCUCCGAGGUCGAUGCCAUCGGCGGCGCCCCCGUCGUCGAGGACGGCAAGCUGUCGGGCGGCUACGCCCUCAGCUACCUCGACGACGAGGGCGACUCGGUCUCCAUCACCACCGACCAGGACCUGCUCGAGGCCAUCGUGCUCGCGCGCCACGGCCGCCGCGACAAGGUCGACCUCUUCGUGCACGACCCCAAGGAGCCGCCCAUCGCUCCGGCUCCGGCCCCGGUUCCCGCCCCGGCUGCCGCGGAGCCGGCGGUGCUCUCUACCCCGCCCGCGUCGUCGGUCGUGCGCGAGCGCGGGAAGGGCGCGCUGGACGCGGAGGAUGAUAGCGAGGACGACGGCGACGUCUCGGAGGACGAGGACGCGCCCGUCCGCCGGGGCAGGCACGCCCGCACGCGGACUGCCCAGCAACUCCACCACCACCACCACCAGCAGGCCGAGCAGGUCAUUGCCGGCGUGCCGAACGAGCUGCUGCUGCCGGGGGCGAUUGCCAUGCUGGCGGUGGUGAUUGCCGGCGUGUUCACGAUUUCGAGGUUGUCUAGCCGAGAGCGCCGCCCGGCAAAUGACUUCAGCAUCAACAUAUCCGCCAUGAUCCUGAGGAAUUUCGGCCGCCGGGUUUUAGCUGCACCAAUCUCCCGAUCAUGCCUUCGAUCUUUGUCGAGCUCCGCGUCGAGGCCGGCGAACGCCCCGACGACGUUCGCUGAGCCGGCCCAGAAGACCCAGACCCAGGACCCGGCUCCCGCAGCACAACAAACGACAACCCAAGCAUAUGCUGCCGCCCAGGCUGCCGCUCGGCAGGCCGAGCUCGCACAGAUCCCGGUCAAUUACGCCGAGUACAUGCACCAGCGCGAGCACACCCGGGACAUCGGCUCGCGCGUCGAGUCGCGCUACCAUCCGGACCAGAUGCUGCUGGACCCGCCGCACGACGCGACGCUCGAGAUGCUCAUGGCCGCCCAGGUGCACAUGGGCCACCACGUGUCGCAGUGGAACCCGGCCAACCAGCGGUACAUCUACGGCGAGCGCGCCGGCAUCCACAUCAUCAGCCUCGAGACGACCGCUACCCACCUGCGCCGCGCCGCCCGAGUCGUCGAGGAGGUGGCCUACUGCGGUGGCCUGAUCCUCUUCGUCGGCACCCGCAAGGGCCACAUGCCCGCCGUCGUGCGCGCCGCCGAGCUGGCCAAGGGCUACCACCUGUUCCAGAAGUGGACGCCGGGCGCCAUCACGAACCGGGACGUUAUCCUGGCCAACGGCGCGCUCAAGAUCGUCGACGAGCGGGACCGCGAGCUGCCCGGGUUCGAGACGCAUCUCCGCGACCGCCGGCCGGUCCAGCCCGACCUGGUGGUGUGCCUGAACCCGCUCGAGAACUUUCCGCUGCUGCACGAGUGCGGGAUCGCCAACAUCCCGACCAUUGGCAUCAUCGAUACCGAUGCCGAUCCCACUUGGGUGACGUACCAGAUUCCGGCCAACGAUGACAGUUUGCGGUCUAUUACCCUAAUCGCCGGUGUUCUCGGCAGGGCCGGUGAGCGUGGGCAGCAGCGAAGGCUGGCAGAUGCUCAGGAGGGUAUCACGACUUGGAGGACGCCCCGCGACAUUGCCCAUUUCAUCGAUAAAGAUGCCGAAAACAAGGCGAGAGAGGCCCUUGCUGCUGCAGAGUCUGCCGCGGCCGAGGGCGUCCUCGACGAGAAGCCGCUGACGAGGGAAGACUUCAUGACGGAUGAAGAGCUCCUGCGCGAGAUGAUGGACACGCCGGGGAUAGCACCGCGGCCGUAAAGCAAAAUUGCUUGAUAUGCCCUUGUAACAUACCGCUAUAGAAAUCAAUUAUUGUACAAUAACAAGUAUUGCGUU